GUGCCAGCUUUGCCUCUCGUGCCUCAUGGCACCCGAGUUGCAAGGUCUCCUUUCCUUUUAGAGGCAGGUUGCUUUUGGCUGCUUUGUUCCCCCACUCUCAGCCCUCCUGGAGGCUGCUGUUUUCUCCUGUGCUAGGAGAAUGAUCCCACAGCCAAACUCUUUACCUUGUUGCAUCCCUCUAACCCAGAGCUCUGCGUCCUUCACACGGGUCCUCCCCCUGCCCGCCUAAACCAGCCCACGCUUCCUGCAGAACACCUGAGCGUGGACACCUAGAUGCUGGUUCAGCAUCUCCACAUGCUGCGGGCACUACAGAGGGGAUUCACAUGCUCUUGGUGCCACCCAAGGUGUCCCAGGGCGUCAGGAUGGUUCCCCCACCACCUGUCAGCAAGCCUCACGUGUGCCUCUUCACUGUGCUCAUCAUGACCAGCCUUGUCCUCAUGGAUGCCUACCUGGUGGAGCAGAGCCAGGGCUCCAGGAAGCUGGGCAUCUGUGUCAUGGUGGCAGUGGGUGAUGUGUGCUUCCUGCUGGUGCUCCGCUAUGUGGCUAUCUGGGUCGGGGCGGAGGUAAAGACAGCUAAGCGGGGCUAUGCCAUGAUCCUCUGGUUCCUGUAUGUCUUCGUUCUGGAGAUCAAAGUCUACUUUGUGUACCAGAACUAUAAAGCUGACCGGAAAAGCCUGGAUCUCAUAGCUCGCAAAGCGCUGACCUUGCUGCUCUCCAUCUGCAUCCCAGCCCUCUACGUGUUGUUGGUGGCCACAGAGCACAUGGAGUACGUCAGGACAUUCAAGAAGAAAGAAGAUCUCCGCAACCGUCUCUUCUGGGUCAUUGUGGACAUGCUGGAUGUGCUGGACAUCCAGGCCAACCUAUGGGAGCCCCAGAAGAAGGGGCUGCCGCUCUGGGCUGAGGGCAUCAUGUUCUUCUACUGCUACAUCUUGCUCCUGGUCCUCCCUUGUGUGUCCCUCUGUGAGAUCAGCAUGCAAGGGAUCGGCAUCAUGCCGCACAGGAUGAUGCUGUACCCCAUGCUGAGCAUGCUCACUGUCAACAUCACUACCAUCUUCAUACGAGGCAGCAACAUGGUCUUCUUCAGGGAUGCCCGGGUCUCCAGCAUCUUCAUGGGCAAGAACAUGCUGGCCAUCGGGCUGAAGGUCUGUACAUUUGUGCAGUACCAGCGGCACCGGCACCACACGCCCCCGGGGCCAGACCUGGCCUUGCCACAUGGCACCCAGGCCCAGCCCUCACCAGGGGUGCACAAGUCCCAGGACCAGCCUGCCUGCCCUGAGGAGCUGGCCCAGGACAACAGGUGACAAGCCAGCAAGAGCCACAGCCUGGGCACUGCCCUGCCUGGCUGGCUGUACCCGCAGACGCGAGGCAGGCUGCUGAGCUCCCUGCCUGGACAGAGGGCAAUGACCCUGCUCCCUCCUCCCUGGGCAACGCUGCCCCGGCCCCUGAGGGUCGCAUGGUGAGGGCCCCUGCAGGGCUGCUUGGGCCCUCAGCACCCCACCAAGCAGGACAGGCAGUGGAGCGGAGGUGGUGGCUGGGUUUGCCCGCUGUGCCGGGCCGCAGCCAGGCAGCCCUGCCCAUGCCAGGCUCCCCCCUCGGCAGUGCUGCCUGCUGGGACUGCCCCCUGGCCAGCCAGGCCUUGGGCUGGGGCACUGCACAGGGACACCGUGGGUCACCUGCGCUGCUGUCGUGGUCACUCCGGCUCGGGGCUCAACAGCUCCCUGCCGCCUGAGCCAGGGUCCCUGCGCUUGGGGAGCGAGGCCUCCAUUCCCCUGCCUACCACCCCCCUCGGCCAGCUGCAGGCCCAGGGCGGGCACCCGAGGGGUGACUGUCCUUUUUCAUAUCUCCCUCUUUGCAAUAAAAGACCUGAGCCCUG